AUGGUAAGUUUGGUUGGGGAGAAAAGGAGUAAGAAGAAGCCCAGGUCGGCUCAUCCCGAUGUGGACUUGAAUAAAGAAUUUUCAAAAUGUAAAGAAAGAGGUGACACAAGAUUGGACUUGAGUAAACAGUCGAUUCCGUCUCUCCCAAGCUCUCUCAGAGAGUUGACUCAGUUGAGAGAGUUGUCUCUCUAUGGCAACCGUUUAUGUAGCCUACCUCCCGAGAUUGGACAUCUGUGUAAUCUUGAGCAAUUAGCGCUGAAUGAAAACUCACUCACCACCCUACCUACAGAACUCAGUCAUCUUCAUAAAAUGAGAGUGCUGGAUCUCAGACAUAACAAACUAAAAGAAAUCCCAGAGGUUGUUUACUCGUUGGUGUCGCUCACAACCUUGUUUCUAAGGUUUAACCGUAUUACUCACGUUGGAGAACCUCUUCAAAACCUCACGGUAAGAACAUUUCUGAAACACUGCCAUGCUUUGUUUUAUCAUUGUGACACAGCGGGUCGAUUUUUCAUAAAGAGUUAAGACUAGUCUUAUCUC